UUGUUAAUACAGAAUAUACAAAUACACAACACAGUCACAAUGAAAACAGAAAGUCUGAAAUCAAGUCGUCAUUAAAGAAUUACAAGUUACAAGUUCUGUGUGCUUUGUUCAAAAUAAAAUUAAUUGAUUUUGUGGUGAAUAAUGCCAUUUAUUUCAAAAGAUUGGCGUUCACCAGGAGAAGAAUGGGUGAAAACUGAUGAAGGAUGGGAAAAGAAAAAAGUAUUAGAAUGUUUAGGACAACUGUCAUCGCCAAAUAAAAAUGCCACUGAUACAGAUGGGACAACUAAGACAGAAGAGAAAACAGUUCCUCCACAUUGUCAUAUCACAAUUAAAUGUACUAGAGAGAUUGCUGGUUUUAAUGGACUUGGUGAAGUUGUAAAACGAUUAGACUUUUUAAAUGCUGUAAGAGAUGUCCGUAGGUUUAAUUACGUUUGUGCUUUAUUACAUUUAUUAGUUGGUCAACAAUUAACAUCCAUGUCUGGUACUGCCCAAAAAGCUUUAAUACAAAUGGUUGAAGAAGUUGCACAACAUGUAAGCACAUCUCAACAAAACUUACGAGCUUUACGAACAUUAGCUGCUGGACUACAUGAGGCUCGUGUAUGCCCACGAUCAGUUUGUUGGGGUGGGCCUGUUGGAUCUCAAAGACUAUGGAAACAUAAUGCUCGAGCUAUCCAAAGAAUAUUGGAUACAACGUCUCGUUUAAAAAUUGAAGAGCCUGGACCAAAUAUAAAACCAACUUUAUCGGAAUUGCCAGAAGAAUGUGUUCGAGAAAUAUUACUUCGUAUUGGUGAUGUACGAGAUUUAGAAGCAUGUACCCAAGUAGGAGUACCAUUAACAGGACCUGCAACUGAACAAAGGCCUUGGAGAGAAUUAGCUGCUGCACAUUAUACACCGCAACAAAGGUCUUGUGUUACUCAAAGAGCUCACUGGAAAGAUACUUAUCAUGCUUUAAAAAGAACUUUUGGCGCUCGUGGCUGUGAUGACUAUGCUGAAACUCUUGCAUUAUGUCGACGUUGUAGGUGCUUAUUUUGGCGCUCAUUAGGUCAUCCAUGUGUUGAAUCACCAUCAGAAUUGGCACCGCAUCAUCCCGUCCAACCUCAAGAUUUUUUGAAAUUCUUUUCAUUGUAAAAACGUACAAUGGAAUCGAAUAACCGUGAUUUUAUGUUAUUGGAUUUACAUUUUGAAUCCAUAGCAAAAGCAAUUUAGUUUAUAUUAAACAAUAUUGAACAAUAAUUGUUUUGUUUAAAUGGCGACUAUAUCGAGUAGCGUGCGAUUA